GUGCACGCGUUCCUCUCUCCGCUGUGAUGAGGUCGACAGGCACAGCGAAGCGGAUGUGGAAUACCUCGGGCUGGAGUGUAAACUGAUUGCCAAGAAUCAUGGACGUUUCAUAGACUACGUAUAUACCCCUCUCCCCAAAUGGCGGACGACAAAGAAGAUCAACGCAGCCCCGCCAAGCGCAAAGGGAUGAAGUACAGGUCCCUAUGGCUGCUGAUACUGUUCAUUGGAGCCCUGCUGCUGUUCUACACACAGUUCUACACCGGCGGAAUAGGCCUCGCAACAGCCCUACGGAAAAACAACACUGACCAGUACGUCGUGUACGUGUGUGAUGGCAGCUUCCCAUGCGGUGGAUGGGCCGACAGACAGAAGGGCAUCGUCUCGGCCUACGUUCUGGCCCAAAUGUUGGGCCGGAAGUUCAGGGUCAGGAUAACGACCCCAUGUGCUCUGUCAACGCACCUAGCGGGGAACUUGCAACCAUGGGAGAUAACUCCGAAAGAACUGGAUGGCUUGAGCGUGAAACACGUGAAGGAGAUUGACAAGAGUGCGGACAGCUUGCGAAAGAAAAUGUCUUCCCUUGAUCUCAUAUCCGAGUUUCCAGAGGAUGUGGUGUAUUUCACGAGUAAUAUGGAAUAUGUAGAGUAUCUUAUAAAGAACCCGCGUUACUCCAACCAAACAGAAUGGAUGCGGAAAUCGCGAGUAGCGGAUGUGUAUAUAGACACGCUGAAAAAGUUAUUCAAACUUAAGCCAAACCUUGAACGGAGAUUGUCCAACUUCACCUCCCGGGUACCCAGAGAAAAGGGAGUGAAGUUGGCCUGUGCGCAAGUCCGUUUGGGUAAGAAUCCCACCGUCCCUACAGACACCGAGCAAUUCAAUUCAUUCGAGAGUGUGAAAGCAGUGUGGGAUUUCCUUAAGCCAUACAAUGAUGUUUCCAAAUAUCGGAUAUUCGUGACUUCCGAUUCCGAAGACGUCCGGAAAGCCGCGAAGACGGUGUUCCGGAAAACGAUAGUGGACAUGGAGGGUAACAUUGUGCACGUUGAAAGAACGAAUGGCGCCAGUGUGUGUGAUGGUUUUGCUAAGGUGAUACUGGACCAGUUGAUUUUGUCCACGUGUGAUGUUCUCGUCAUCAGCAGGAGCGGCCUCGCCCGCAUCGCUGCAUGGUACAGAGGAAGGAAGGAAGAUGUGUAUUGUUUCUCAAAGGCAAACGUAACGCCUUGUAACCCAUACGAUCUGAAAGCUUUCAUUCCAAGUUGGUAAGGUGCAAUGACUGUGUUGCUGCAUAGCCUUAAGCCAUACCUUAAAUGGUAAAUACUUGAACUUUUUUUCAGAUUCGAAUCUCACGUUUUUCACCCAGCUACGAGUGUGAUAUGGUUGGUUGGAUGAGUUAGUAAAACAUCGCUAACUAUUGUGAAGCUUGAUGCAAAUUGUGAGCCAGAUUUCGGGUAUUGUGAUCCAAAAUGCUGGUCAAAUUUGUGGAUUGCCAAACAAAAUCGUAGCUUGUUUUGUGCGGGCUUUGAUGUAGAGUUUAGUGCCUGGAAAGUGCAAUGUGUUAUGAGUGAGGUAUAGAUUUAGGUCACCUGGGCAGCAGUGUAGCCAUAUUAUAACUAGAUUUUGGAUUCAAGGUUUCCAUUAAAUCUUGAGGACUGUGCUGCAAAAUGUCGCUCAAAUAUUCGAAAAGCGUUUGUCCCAUCUCAGAAGUGACAAACACUUCCAGUCAUCCUGGAAAGAUAAUUUGGUUAUUUAGCAGCAUAUGAAUGAGUUUCCCGUAUUUGAUAUCAUCUCCGUUAGUCAUGAUCUUAGGCACCACGAUCACAGAAGGUGCUGGUAUCGUCCCUGACACAGUAGAGAUGUACAAGGCAGUACUAAUGGAAGAUGACGAGGCACUGACGUAGCUCUUGAAUGAGUAUGGUUUUGUGCCGCUUGUAGCAAUAUUCCAGUAAUAUCACGACGGGGGACUCCAGAAAUUACUAUGUGUAAAGCCUAAUGAUGGUUCCCCCGUGAUGUUGAUGGAAUAAUGCAAAACACGAUGUGAAACCUUAUUCACUCACUAACUUAAUCAAUCGGACGGAAACGUUCCGCUACUAGGUCUCUUAACGUGUAAAUAGGUGGGUAAGUGCACGAUAUUACCCGCUCUACUAACACAUCUUAUACCGAUUCGAGGUGACACGGUGUCGUGGUGAAGAUCUUCUCCCUAAACAUCUGAACGAUCAUUUUAAGGUGCCACUCGUUCAUUUGAACCUUAAUUCAAAGUCUACUUUGAGUCCGCUAAUAAUCUGAUGUCAUAAUAUACGUGAUGUAGGCACAAGGGCAGGGUAAUUUAAUAUGUAUUGAAUAUUGAGCCAUUUUGUAUUAUGCUACAGCUCCGAGCGUAUUACUUACUUACCCUUGGAAAUAAUCUAAUAAAUAUGCAGGACGGUACAGUAAACUGACAUAUUUUGAUCUACUGAUAUGACUUAUGAGUUGUGGAUGUACUGAGCAUAAAUGAACUCUCAAAUGAAGCAGACUAUUCAAUAUUUUCAAGGAUGGGAUAGUGUACUCAAGUUUAAUUGUAUUCGCAAUUUUAUAGAGUGAUUGAUGUCCCAAGAGGACGGGAAUUAUGUCACGGAAUUUUGCGUUGAAAUCAGACCGAACUAUCUAGUCUUGCGAUAUAUUUCUGUUCCGACAAUAGCCAGGAUUGUUUUGGCAUGUGUUAUCUCAUUACAUAUCGGUGACACUAUCCAUGCUACAUACUGUCAGUGACUUAUUGGCUGCUCUGAAUAAUGACAUACCGCAGAUGACAAGCUCCUUUGUUUCAACGGCUUUAUCCUUGGCCGUAUCCCUGUAUAAGUUAAUAAUGUUAAGGUGUGAUUGAAUGGCUAUAUAUAUGUUUAUAGUCCCGAGGGUGUAUUUGAUCCAGCUUUGUUUAAUUGAAAGGAGGGAACUGUCUACGUUCCUAAGUGUGUAUUUCAAUUAGUCAUGUUAGAAAAAGUCGACAGUCUUUAGAAUGAAUGCUCAUCUACCCCGCCCAGACUGUCACGGGUUAUAUGUUAAAGAAAGCAAUGCGUAGCGCCGCUCUAGUCACUAAUCUAUACAGGUACCUUGCACCCCUAAGUACCAGGUACCAUGUACCCAUAAGUGGUUCCUGUAGCACCUGUGAUACACACGAGUGCCUUCAUUGCAUAUCCCACUUUGUAUACUGACAGAAUAAUGUUAGUUUCACUGACUUGUACUCCGUUUUAUUGUUGAAUUCCCUGUGUCAGUUUUUUAAAAUAACUCUGCCCAUUUUCUGUUGGGUUAUUGAGCACAAAUGGUGCAGUCAUGUAAAAUGCUGUAAUUGGGGUCGUGCAGAGUUAUUUCCAUUACAUGCGCUUGAAACGUAAAAUCAUUGGCUGGAAUCCAGGGUUCAAGUGAAGGGCAGGUAGUUCCUGUGCCAUUUCAGAACGGCAUAAUUUUUGUUCACGCAGCUAAGUGCAUGUACCAGCAAUGUAUGUGUUUGCUGUAGAAAAUGUCACAUCCGUUGUUUUCAGAAAGGAGAAAGACCUAGGUACCGUUCCUCAAAGCGAUCGUAGCGCUAAGUUGAUCGUAACGCCUAUACUCUAACAUAGACUUACGACUGUCGUAGCGCUACGAUCGCUUUCAGGAACGGGGCCCUGGCUGUGUAGAGAAAGACUGCUAGCCGACUCUGGUCCCGAAUUAUGUUUCUAAGUGGCAUCGCCUCGGGAUUUUUCCCAACAUCAAGCAGACCCACCAUGACUGAAAUAUUGUUCAACGAGGCGUGAAACCAGCUAAGAAUAAUUUCAAAUUCAGCACUAUCAGUUUACAACCCCAGCAUGUAUGAUAUGAGUAUACUUGCUUACAUAUCUGGUACAUCUCACAUUUGUUAAAACAGUUCACGGAAGCUGUUUUACCUCUUUCACAGUAAAAGAUUGAAAACAUAUUCAAUCUGGCCACGGUAUAAGCGAUAAGGCACAUAUCACCCACAUCCCCACAUUGACGAUAUCCUGUUCUCGCGAGAUUUCCAAACUGUUAAGAGAACGAGGCUCGAGGGCCAAGUCAAAACGAGGUUCGUGGGUUAACCGGAAGCGUAUAAUUGAACCCGCAGUAUCUUAUUCCUCUGCUUUUCUUUCAGAGAAUCUUUUCACAUCACUUUUCACUUUUCAGCGGGAUGUAGCUCUGGGGUAAUUCCCCUUUGACAUAAUAAUUUUAUUCGUUUCUCCCCAUCUGAUUUACUGAUUGAUUAUUGUAUUGUUCGUGACGUGUUUACGUUUAUGGAAAGAUCAUUAUCAUUCGCUAUCACAUUUGACAUGUUUGAAGUUAGAAGUACUGUAACAGGUUGCCAGUGGCCAUUACUUGCCAUUUGUUUACUGGAGUAACAUCUGAUUAAUUUAUCAACGUAACGUAACGCAGCCCAACAUUUCAUCAGUACGUCACGAGUUUGUGUGUAGUUGCUGGCUAAACCUCAGGGGCCGUGGGGUAGCCUAGUGGUUAUAGCGUUCGCUCGUCACACCAAAGACCAGGGUUCGAUCCCCCACAUGGGUACAAUGUGUGAAGCCCAUUUCUGGUGUCCCCCGUCGUGAUAUUACUGAAAUAUUGCUAAAAGCAGCGUAAAAGAUUAUCACUAAGUCUUUAAGAGUGAGUGUAUCACUAAUAGCUAUAUCACAGCGGUCUGUAGAUAAAUCUGGACAAAGAGGCAGAUUAUUGUUGGACGCGAGCAUUGAUCCACGCAGAUGGGAUACGAUAGCCUCCAAUCCAUUCAGUCUACAUGCUCCGGUUGCUAAGGACCCAUAAUAUUGUCCUUUCUCUUCACAGGGUGGCUUGUGAAGAAAACGAUGUUCAGGCUCACUAACUUGGUUGACACAUGCCAUUCCAAUUGCCUAACUCGAUGUUCGUAAUGUCCGUCACUGGAUUGUCUGGUCCAGAUUAUUCACUGACCAAUGUGAUGUAGCUUUAAUAUUGCCGAGUGCGGCAUUAAACGACAAACAAAUUGUCGAAACCCACACGAUGGAGGGGGCGGUGGGGUAGCCUAGUGGCUAAAGCGUUCGAUUCCCCACAUGGGUACAAUGUGUAAAGCCCAUUUCUGGUGUCCCCGCCGUGAUAUUGCUGGAACAUUGCUAAAAGCGGCGUAAAACCGAACUCACUCACUCACUCACACGAUGGAGGAAAGUAUUAGAUACAAACUCGUGAAGCAUUGAUGAUAGGUCGAGAGGUGUUUAUAUUCACAAACCUGUUCAUGUACAUUAAUGUGCGUAAAAAGAAAAGGUACGUAAUAGGUUUGGGACAGCAUAUGUAUACAUAGUCGUAAGAAAGUGAGACGCUAACCUUUACACUCAUUAGUAUAUUGGUACAAUUCAAACCUAAGACAUGUUCAAAUAUGCAUUUAAAUUUAAAUUUUAUUGAGCUGAGAAUAAAACGCUGCACAUUUGCAGACGAUCAGAAAAGUAAUGAACGUAAUAAACAUGGAUUAACAUAUGGGGAACUGGAAGUUUAGAAUUCUUUAAAAUUUGAAAACUCGUUUGUUCUGUAAAGACCGAUCAUGCAGUAUUAAACUAAGAGUAUGAAUGCACCUAGCUAUGUUGAUUUAAAGAUAGUCAUCGAGCGUUAAUUGCAACGGCUGUUCAGUCAGUUUUUACGCAUUAUUCUUAAGUGAUAAUUACGACCCUGUUUUCCCGUGUAUAGCAGGGAUUUCAUUAUGGCGUAUUUAGAUCACGUGUUACUCCACUCUUUUGUAUCGCUCAAUUGUUUCCUGUAAGGAACGUUUUUCGCCUGUUAUGCUCCAUUUGGAUUUUUGAAAUGCUUAAGUCAGUAUUACAAAAGACAUUAUUGCUUUAAUUUAACUACAUUAUAACGGUAAUGUGUGUGUGUACACUACAUCUGAAACCCCACCGUGAAUGGUAUUAUCAUCAAAGCUCACUAUCGGUGGUUAAGACAGUUCGAUAAAAGUUCUGUUGAAACAGUUAUCAUUAGGAUGUCUUAAACCAGAUUUAGGCAGUAGCGUCAAGUGAAAUAUAUUUCGACAAAGUACGUUGAAAGUUCCAUUGGCGUAAUUGUCCAAAUGUCAACCGUUAUGAUUUAAUCGAAAUCAUUUCGAUAUUUUGUAGCAAUUUAAGCCAAUAUCAUCAGUUACUUGAAUUACAAUUCAAAAAUUUUCCCUAAACCUUACAUUUAAUCACGACCUACAUUUGAUCACGAUGUAUCACAAUAAUGCAUUAAUUAAAUUCAUUAUAAAUCGAUAAAUUGAUAUGACCUACAUAUUAAGAUAAUUUUAUGCCGAUAUGGAUAUUUACAUUUUUGAAAAUUACUGCUUCUCGACGCGAAUUAAGUCAUCUUCAUAAGCCUCUGCGACUUACUUCAAUCAUAUUUUAAAGAAUCAAAACUGAAAUAUAUAUUUGAAAGAGAAAUAAUAUUACAAGAAUCAAAUCCUGAAAAUUAAAAAUUCUGCUUUCAAAAUGUCACACCAGUGUACCUGAUAUGUUUAAUUCCUUAAUAACUCAAUCUUGUCGAUGUAUUGAGACCUAUGUUUGAAUUUGUACCGUCAGUAUAUUAACAAAACAUUCCAUCCCUCGUGACUCCGGAUUCAAAUUGUUUUUCAUAUUUACAUAUCUUGUCAUGUUGUUAAUGUUAAAUGUUUUUGUGUAAUAAACAUGUGCCACAUUUCUAA